AUGCGCAUCAAGAGGACUCAGACUGGCUACCACGAUGAAGACGGAGAUGAGGAGAUCGAGGAUACCUUCAAGUCGACCAUCGACCGUUGCCCGUCGAUAGGACUUACCGUGAACCCCUUUGCAGUAGUGACAUGCGGCAGUGCUGUCCGCGUCAAAGUCAAUGUGUCAAUGCGUGUCAAUGCUAUCGACCGACCUUGA